AUGUCUGAUAAUUCGUUUGAACUGCCUUGGAGCGCUGACAAUCCAUUGCACUUUGGAAAUAUUCCAGAAAAUCCUGUAAUUAGUGAGAUUAUCUGUCAAUUGGAAAAUUGUUUAAGGCAAAGAGAAAAACUCAGUUGCCCUAGUGAUGAAAUAGACACUCGAAUAUCAUCAGUCAUUCGACAUGCUAUGGAUAGUGUUAAGAAUCUAAUGGAACAAAAUUUAACGCCGUUAACAGACAUCCAAAAACAGUUUUUAAUAAACAAAAGUAGGUUGUUCAUAAAAGAUGCAAUCAAAGUUGUUGAGAAAACCUUGAAAAUGCAAUCAACCUAA